AUGGCCGUCGACUGGCCGCUCGUGAUCGUGCGCGAGCCAGCGUCCGCCGCAACGCUGGCCUGUCUUCGCUCCGUGCGCGAGCUGCUUCCGAGCGUGCGCUUGGGCUACCCGCUCGAGGAGCCACAGGACGUCGUCGACCUGCAUGACGUGCUGUGCGAUCUCGUGGUCUCGUUGACGCUACACAUACGCGCGCCCAUGUCCAUACCCGAUGCCGCCGCAUGUAAGCGCGUCAUGGAGCGUUGCCGGCGCUUAUCGGAGCUCACGGUACUCAACUCGGCGGUGGCCAACGAAGGCGACGCCAACUGGGUCGGCGCCUUGCUGCCUACCACGCCGCUGCGCGCGUUCACUUACCACGGUGACGUGCAGAGUCCGCUCGACGCCUCGUUCGUCCACACGCUGCUCUACUACCUCGACGGCGAUCGCGGCUGCACGACGCUCAAGCUCCAUCACGUCGACGUCGACGUCGCCGGCGACAUGCCGCAGCUUCUGUGCACUGCGAUCGUUCGCUGCGCGUCGCUCACGACGCUGAGCCUCAACGGCGUACCGUUCCUGCACGGGCCGUUUCUUCGUCAGCAGCGGCUACCGCCCAACGUGUCCCAUUUUGAGUUUGACAAGCAUGGCCUUGUCCGCGCGCUUCCAGUUGACACAACGGACCUCGGGGUCCUUGUCGCGUCGGGCCAGCACCUCCAACACGUUGCUUGCGACACACUCUCGGUCGCUGAGCCUGGUGUCGCACACCGCCUUCGGCAGCUCACGUCGUUCGAGUACACGUGCCGCCCGUAUAGCGGGUCGCGGCUUUUGCUCCAGCUCUUGCCACACCUCGUGGCUCAUCACGGGGCCGUCGUACUUGUCGUCCGAUAA